UCCCCUCCUGUUGGAGCGCUGGGGGGUGAUGUGCCCUCCUCAUCAGUGUGGGGCUUUUCCAGGUUGAGGGUUUUGGAGUUGCGAACACACACGGCUCAAAGGAGCGAGGAGCCUGAAACCAUCUGGGCAAUGUUCGCUGCUUCAUGGCCCAGGCAAAAGGGGAAUUUGGGGAGCACAGUUAUUCACUGAGGAAGACAGGGAUGGGUCCGGCAGGCUACAGGAGGAUGGUAAGGCCAAUAGGGGCACAGGUACAGGGUGGGAGGGUGGAAGAGCCUUUGGAUGAGACUGUGCUGAGCUGUCCCUCUCUGCUCCAGGAUGAAAGGGGACACCCCUGUGAAUAGCACCAUGAGUAUUGGACAAGCCCGCAAGAUGGUGGAGCAGCUUAAGAUCGAGGCCAGUUUGUGCCGGAUAAAGGUGUCCAAAGCGGCCGCCGACCUGAUGACUUACUGUGACGCUCAUGCCUGUGAAGACCCCCUCAUCACUCCCGUGCCCACUUCGGAGAACCCCUUCCGGGAGAAGAAGUUUUUCUGUGCGCUGCUCUGAGCUGCCCUGUUCCUCUUCCCGACUCCUCACCUUCCCCUCUCCGAGGCCCCUGGCAGUGCACCCCUAGCCCCGGCCCACCCUGGACAUCUGAAGCACAAGGCCCUCCCUU